CGGGAGGUGGGAGGGCGGGCGCGGGGCAGGCGCAGCGGAGCGCGCGGGCGGCCCUGGCCCCGCAGGAGCACGGCUGCGGCGCGCGGAGCCGGCAGCGACGGCUGGGCUAACGCCCGCCUUCGUCUGCGUCGCUGCCUCCGCGCGGGCCGCCGCCCCCGGGGAUGUGAGGGGCGCAGCUCGGCCGGCGGGGCCUGGAGCGGCGCGGAGGCCGGCCGCGGACGCUCCACCCACUUUGGCCUAGACCCAACCUCCAAGGGCUAAAAAUAUUGCCCGGAGGCUUCUGAGCGGAAUCAGAUCGUGCUAAGUAGGGCACGACGCGCAGAGGCGACAGAGCUCCUCGGCCCCAGGGCGGGAGCCAGUCUCCGGAGCGGCGGUUCCGCCCACGCUCGGCCCAGCAGCUAGCGGCCUCCCUUCGCCCCAGCAGGUGUGUGUGGAGGCCAGUAUGAAGCUGAAAAAGCAGGUGACAGUAUGCGGGGCUGCAAUCUUCUGCGUGGCUGUCUUCUCGCUCUACCUGAUGCUGGACCGAGUGCAGCAUGACCCCACCCGCCACCAGAAUGGUGGGAACUUCCCCCGGAGCCAAAUUUCUGUGCUGCAGAACCGCAUUGAGCAGCUGGAGCAGCUGUUGGAGGAGAACCAUGAGAUCAUCAGCCACAUCAAGGACUCGGUGCUGGAGCUGACAGCCAACGCGGAGGGCCCACCCGCCCUUCUGCCCUACUACACGGCCAACGGCUCCUGGGUGGUGCCACCAGAGCCCCGGCCCAGCUUCUUCUCCAUCUCCCCUCAAGACUGCCAGUUUGCUCUGGGGGGCCGGGGCCAGAAGCCGGAGCUGCAGAUGCUGACCAUAUCAGAGGAGCUGCCCUUUGACAACGUGGAUGGCGGCGUGUGGAAGCAAGGCUUCGACAUCUCCUACGGGCCCCACGACUGGGACGCUGAAGACCUGCAGGUGUUCGUGGUGCCUCACUCCCACAAUGACCCGGGCUGGAUCAAGACCUUUGACAAGUACUACACGGAGCAAACCCAGCACAUUCUCAACAGUAUGGUGGGCAAGCUGCAGGAGGACCCCCGGCGGCGCUUCCUCUGGGCCGAAGUCUCCUUCUUCGCCAAGUGGUGGGACAACAUCAAUGCCCAGAAGAAAGCGGCAGUCCGCAGGCUGGUGGGAAACGGGCAGCUGGAGAUUGUGACAGGAGGCUGGGUGAUGCCGGACGAGGCCAACUCCCAUUACUUUGCGCUCAUUGACCAGCUCAUUGAGGGCCACCAGUGGCUGGAGAGAAACCUCGGUGCAACCCCGCGGUCUGGCUGGGCAGUGGACCCCUUCGGCCACAGCUCCACCAUUCCCUACCUGCUGCGCCGUGCCAACCUGACCAGCAUGCUGAUCCAGAGGGUGCACUAUGCCAUCAAGAAGCACUUUGCUGCCACCCACAGUCUGGAGUUCAUGUGGAGGCAGACCUGGGACUCGGACGCCAACACGGACAUCUUCUGCCACAUGAUGCCCUUCUACAGCUAUGACGUGCCCCAUACCUGUGGCCCGGACCCCAAGAUCUGCUGCCAGUUCGAUUUUAAGCGGUUGCCAGGUGGACGCAUCAAUUGCCCCUGGAAGGUGCCGCCCCGGGCUGUCACAGAGGCCAACGUGGCUGAGAGGGCCGCACUGCUCCUGGACCAGUACCGGAAAAAGUCCCGGCUGUUCCGAAGCAACGUCCUCCUGGUGCCGCUGGGGGAUGACUUCCGAUAUGACAAGCCCCAAGAGUGGGAUGCCCAGUUCUUCAACUACCAGCGGCUCUUUGACUUCCUCAACAGCAAGCCUGACCUCCAUGUGCAGGCCCAGUUUGGCACCCUCUCUGACUAUUUUGACGCUCUGUACAAGAAGACUGGGGUGGAGCCAGGGGCCCGGCCUCCAGGCUUCCCCGUGCUGAGUGGGGAUUUCUUCUCCUACGCGGACCGGGAGGACCAUUACUGGACUGGCUACUAUACUUCUCGGCCCUUCUACAAGAGCUUGGACCGGGUCCUGGAAGCCCACCUGCGGGGUGCGGAGAUACUGUACAGUCUGGCUACCGCUCACGCCCGCCGCUCUGGACUGGCCAGCCAGUACCCGCUCUCGGACUUCGCCCUUUUGACGGAAGCUCGGCGCACUCUGGGCCUCUUCCAGCACCACGACGCCAUCACCGGCACCGCCAAGGAGGCAGUUGUGGCAGACUAUGGCAUCAGGCUCCUGCGCUCCCUUGUGAGCCUGAAGCAGGUCAUCAUCAAUGCGGCUCACUAUCUGGUGCUGGGGGACAGGGAGACCUACCGCUUCGAGCCUGAGGCGCCCUUCCUCCAGAUGGAUGACACGCGCUUAAAUCACGACGCCCUGCCGGAGCGCACAGUGAUCCAGCUGGAUUCCUCCCCCAGGUAUGUGGUGCUCUUCAACCCCCUGGAUCAGGAGCGGUUCAGUGUGGUGUCCCUGCUGGUCAGCUCGCCCCGAGUGCGUGUUCUUUCGGAGGACGGUCAGCCACUGGCCGUGCAGAUCAGCGCACACUGGAGCUCUGCCACCAACACGGUCGCCGAUGUCUACCAGGUGUCUGUGCCCAUCCGCCUGCCGGCCCUGGGCCUCGGCGUGCUGCAGCUGCAGCUGGGCCUGGACGGGCCUCGCACCCUGCCGGCCUCCGUGCGCAUCUACCUGCACGGCCGGCAGCUGUCGGUCAGCAGGCAGGACUCGUUUCCCCUGCGUGUCAUCGACUCUGGCGCCAGUGACUUUGCCCUCAGCAACCGCUACAUGCAGGUCUGGUUCUCAGGCCUCACCGGGCUCCUCAAGAGCGUCCGAAGGGUGGACGAGGAGCAGGAGCAGCGGGUGAACAUGGAGUUCCUCAUCUAUGGCACCCGUGCGUCCAAGGACAAGAGUGGAGCCUACCUCUUCUUGCCUGAUGGGGAGGCCCAGCCCUACCUCCCCAAGGAUCCCCCUGUGCUGCGUGUCACUGAAGGCCCUUUCUUCUCGGAGGUGGUUGCCUACUAUGAGCAUGUCCGCCAGGUGGUCCGGCUUUAUAAUCUGCCAGGGGUGGAGGGGCUGUCUCUGGACAUGUCAUCCCUCGUGGACAUCCGCGACUACGUCAACCAGGAGCUGGCCCUGCGCUUCCACACGGACAUUAACAGCCAGGGUGCCUUCUUCACGGACCUCAACGGCUUUCAGGUGCAGCCCCGGCGCUAUCUGAAGAAGCUGCCCCUGCAGGCCAACUUCUACCCCAUGCCGGUCAUGGCCUACAUCCAGGACGCCCGCGACCGCCUCACGCUGCACACUGCCCAGGCCCUGGGGGUCUCGAGCCUACACGAUGGCCAGCUGGAGGUGAUCCUGGACCGACGGCUCAUGCAGGACGACAACCGGGGUCUGGGCCAAGGGCUCAAGGACAACAAGAGAACCUGCAACCAUUUCCGCCUCCUGCUGGAGCGGCGAAGCCUGGGCAGUGAGCCUGGCUUUUUCUCCAAACUGGCAGCCAUGUUUAGGGACUUGGUCUUUCACAGCAGCAGGAGCGGUGACCUUGAGGUCCAGGACGGCCGCUCCACCAGCUACCCGUCCCUCCUCAGCCACCUGACCUCCAUGUACCUGAACACCCCAGUACUCGCCCUGCCUGUAGCCAAGAGGCAGCUCCCGGGCCCCGGGCUGCGCUCGUUUCAUCCCCUGGCCUCCUCUCUGCCCUGUGACUUCCACUUGCUCAACCUGCGUACACUGCAGGCCGAGGACGAUGCCUUGCCUUCGGCGGAAACUGCACUCAUCCUACACCGCAAGGGUUUCGACUGUGGCCUUGAGGCCAAGAACCUGGGCUUCAACUGCACCACAAGCCAAGGCAAGGUGGCCCUGGGGAGCCUCUUCCAUGGCCUGGACGUGGGGUUCCUGCAGCCAACCUCCUUGACAUUACUGUACCCCCUGGCCUCACCCUCCAACAGCACUGACGUCUAUCUGGAGCCCAUGGAGAUUGCCACCUUUCGCCUCCGCUUGGGCUAGGGCUUCCUGUGGCCUGAAGGGAAAGCGCGUCAGAGACUGCCUCUCACACAAGGUCGGGUUGGGCAAACCGGACGGGUAUCCUGUCCCGAUCUACCUCUCAGAACUGUGACACGCUGGGCUGCGCUCUCAUUUUCUGUUUAUCUUUGCUUCUGUGUCCGGGGGCAGCCCCAAGCCCCGUGUCGGGUAGAUAGGGCAGACGCUAGUGAGGUGGUGGCAAGAGGGCCCAGGGUCAGAGUGCGCUGGGCCAGCCUCUGCUUUGGGUUGUGAUGGCGCCCAGGUGGGCACAGGCUUAAGUACCCCCCCACCGUUGUCCCAGAACGGGAUGGAGGAGAAGCAGGGUCGGAACUGGUAGGGGCGGCUGAGUGGGUAGCCGCCCAGCGCCGGGGUCACUGCAGUCAGGAGCCGGCUCGAGGGGGACUUUCUGGCUCUGGAAGGACUGCUUGUCUAGAUGUGACCAGCAGGAACUGAGUGACGGCUGGGAGGAGGGCAAUGGGGACCUGGAGUUAGUGGGGCUGAGGCGGGAGCCCUGCUUUCCGUGAUGACUCUGCCAUAGGUGCUCCCUGGUCUGCACACCCCGGCUCACGGCUGUGGUGUGGCAGGAAGGACUCAUGAGAGACCAUGUCAUGGCCAGAGCGCAGAGGACACUUCAGAUACCAACCCCCCCUCUCAUUGCAGGCACUUGGUCUGUAUGUUGAUGUGUGGGCGGUGGCAGGGACCUGGGGGGUCCUCCAUCCUCCCUGACCCCACUUUGGUUCCUGUACUCUGUACACCACCGUCCUCGGGAGCUCCUGGGGGCAUUUGGCCUGGCACACUUCCUUUCCCUAAAAAGAAAGCGAAGCCUCCAGGCGCCUGUGAGUGUGAGCAAUUUGAGAAGGCUUUCGGCCCCAUCCCUGCGUGGGCAGGGCGGGUGGGGGUGUCUUCCUCUACAGAAUCCUGGCACAGGUACUGGGGAUACAGAGCGUACACUAGGAGGCAUUACGGCUGCUCGUGGGCCUUCAUUUCAGCUUUGAUUCAUAGAGAAGAGUUUUUGGUAGUCUCUAUAGAUGCUGAAACAGUAUUUGGUAAAGUUUAAGAUCUAUCCCUUAUUAAAAAUCUUAGUAAGUUAAGAUGACAAAGAGACAUCAUAAUCUAGAUUAAAACAGAAAUCUCUAUCGCAAACCAGCAGUUGGUGACAUUCUAAAGAACCACAGGCAUUCCCAUACAAGUCGGAAGCGAGCCGAGGACGCAUCACUCGUUAGUGGUGUCCUGUCACGGUCACCCCCGCAGGAGAGCGGUGAAGGAGAGGAAGGUACAGCUGUCAUUAUUUGCAGACGACAGCCCGGCCAGCCCAUACAGUGUAAGAGAGCCCGCAGGAGACCUGCUAAGACCAUUCUGGGAGUGGACACACAUGGCAGACACGAUGCCCCCAGAAGGAUUUCAGUUCUCUCCGAAUCAGCCCCUAAGUUCAGUGUGUUCCAGUGUAGUUGGAUGCUUUGGGAAUUGGAUGAGUUCUCAGGUUCAUGGAAGAGUAAAUAUGUGAGAACAUUAAACGAAUUCUGAAUGAUGGGGAGUCGGGGGCAGGGAGCGCUGAGGGAGUGAAAGGCACGCGUCCUGAGCCACCGCCCCAAAGCCUCUCAGGUUUCCAGGAGUGGCCCCUGUGACCUGGGGUGGGCUUGGACUGACAGACUCCUGGAACAACAGGCAGAGUCCCGGAGCAGACCCCCAGGGAGAUAGGAACUUAGUGGGAUAAAAGGAGUAUUUGAAGUGGGGAAAAAAUAUGGCUUGUUUAAUAAAUAGAACUUUAAGACAAGUGGCCUUCAAAGUAAGAGAUCUGUAGCUCACAGUUGCCACGACAAUUAGAUCCAGAGGGAAGAAACUAGAAAAGUUCAACUGCAAAAUUACUGAAGGAAAUACAGGAGAUUAUUAUAUCUCUGGUGUGGGAGGCUCUGUUUUAAACAUAACAUGAAACCUAAAAGAUCUAAUGAGGGAAAUAAUAAAAAGGUUUGACCACCCCAAGAAACUGAAAGUGUAUGUAUGAUGGAGAACAUUAUGGUUCCAACACAAAUGAGACUGGAAGAAAAAUGUUUGCACCCUUUCCAAUAUUGAUGCGUUAAUUACUACAGGAGAAAAGCUUGCUUUGGGGUCCUUGGAGAGGGUCCCCUGGGCCUGCUUAGCAGCUCCCCAAACAUCCAGAAUUCUUCCGGAUCACCCAGGGCUGUUGUCGCCAGCUUCGGGCCAGGGCACGUGGAAUGCUAAGUCACAGCAGAAGAAAUGAGAUUACCAGGUGAGGUGCUCAGCACAGAGGACCCGGUACACAGAGGAGCUCAAUAAAUAGAAGUGGUGAUCUUAUUAGUAAUGCCAAGUAGUUAUAUCACAGCAGGUGGUAUCUGCUAGUAUCCUAUGACUUGUAAUCAAACGAUAAGGGAGACUCUGUGGACCGCCCCCCCCCCCCCCCCCCAGGAAAUGAGCAGAAUAAAGGCUAUUUAUUACAUCUGAAGGUCUUAGAUUUUCCAUGGAGUUAUUCAUCUGCCUGGAACAAUGUUUAAUCCUGCACACUGGCCUUUUAAAACCACUUCAGGCAGCAUAGUUCAAGGUGAGGUCCACAUGACCAGGAGUGUUUGUUUCCGGUCCAGCUUUGGAGACUGUCCUGGUGAGGGGUGCCCCUGAGCCUGGACGUGGGGACAAGGGCCCGUGGAGCGGAGACAGAGACUUGCUGGGACCGCCCUACAACUGGGAGUAGCACUCAAAAGAAUCUGCAUUUUUAACAAGCUUCCAGGUGAUUCUCUUGCAUACAGUAGUACAGAAAUGGGCCUUUGAUUUUAAGGCAAACUGCAAUCCUUCACCACGGAGCCCUGACACUAAGGCCUCCGUUCUGAGGGUGAUAAUCAGAAUUAGAACAAGGAGAUGACAAUGCAAGCAAUGUCAGCCCCUGGUACUAGAAUUCUCUUCCUCCCAGCACCCCUCCAGCCACUUACCCCACCUCCAAGAAGAAAGGAACCCUGGAAAGGUGGAUUGAAACCAAGAACCAAGUCCUCCUGUGCAGGCUGAGCCAGGCACAGACUGCGCUGACCCAGCUUCCCUAGGGGGUGGGCUGAGAGACGCUUGGAAGAACAGCAUCUCUCGGCAGAGGCUUGCCUGCCUCCCCCACUGUCACCACGGCUGGCUAACCGCACCCAAGCCCUCACGGAGGAGGAGAGAAGCACAGUCUGGGUGGGAACGAGGCUCACCGCCCAAAAUUUAGAUCUGUUGUUUUUCACUAGCAAAAAUUCGUCCACAUAAACACUGCGGGGCGUGCAGUUCUCAUAGCAAGAACAGGUGAGAGAGGAGGAGGCCAGAUCCUUCAAAACAAACCUCAGUUUCACUUGGGGUUUGUGGGAAAUCUGUUCAGAACUUCUUAGUGGCUACUGGGACCAAGCAGAUCUGCAGAGUCUCAUCCAGUCUGGGUCCUGACUUUGGACCCCCCGAUCGAGGUAAGCCUGAACUGAAAGUGAACUCUGGGCACAGGAGACCUGGAGCAGUGGGAGGUGAGGACUUCCCAGUCCUUGGGACAUGCGACAGCAUUGAAGAUUUAAAAACCAGCGCUGAGUGUGGAAGCCUCGAGGAGCUCACUCGGGGGUGGGGGAGUCGGGUUUCCCUGGCAGGGAGCCCAGGGGCCUGCACUGGAACCGGUCGCGUGAGCACACCCGCAUGGCUACCUCCUCAACCCCGAUGCCUCGGGAUGGUGAGAGGUUAACAAUGCAAGAGCCUCGUCCUCCUACGACUGGAGGCGCUUUCCUCUGACCCAGAAGAGAGAGAACGGCGACGGCCUGAGCAGCUGGGAGGCUGCGUGGCUCAAGGGAAAAGCAGUGGCCGGGAGCCCUCCAAGCCCAAGUGGCACACACAGGUGACCGAGAGUGACCAAGGGGCCAGAGCCAGGCCGAGCAAGGAGCACAGGAUGAGAAAGCGAAGAGACUGCGAGGAAAAAUGUGACAAAAUAUAAGCAGCCCCCCCCAAAAUAUUUUAUUGAAAUAGACUCUACACGUGGCAGAAACACCAGAUUCAGUGCAGAUGACACAGAGACUUGUGCAUUUGGAAAACUGAACUGAGGAAUCCCUCGAACCCACCACCGAGGUAAAAGGAAAAUAUAAAAGAGGUUAAGAAAUAUGGCAGAUGGGGUGCCUGUGUGGCUCAGCUGGUUGAGCAAACUCUUAGUUUUGUCUCAGUCAGGGUCGUGAGAUCGAGCCCUGUCUCAGGCUCCACACCUGGUGGGGAGCCUGCCCAAGAUUUGCUCUCCCUCUGCCCCAACCCCUACCCCCUAGCUCCUGUAUUCUCUCUCAAAUACAAAGAAGGAAGAAAAGGCAGAUAGACUUGGGAGCAAUGACAUAGCAUUUAGCAGCACUUUUAGGAGAGACUAGUGAGUAGGGAAGAGGAAACCGUCAAAAGGAUAGCAGGUGCAUUCUUCAGAAAGGAAGAUAUGUAGGAAUCCUUAAAUGGAAGCACUCACCAAGUUCCAAGAAAGGGAUGUUUAAAAAAAAAUCCUCCUGUACACAUAACUGCAAAAAAACAAAAACAAA